AUGCUUCUCCCUUCUCCUCCAUCAGCUGCUUGCAGUGCCGCUUCAAUCUCAAAGGGAACGAACGCCCGCCUGCCGCGCGCAACACCAAAGGGGACCUCCAAAGUCACCUCCACAAAGGGAAUCGAACAACCUGUGACAAGCAGCACAAAGCAUACAGUAAAGGGUAUCGACUUCUCGGACGACACAAUGCUGAAGAGACUCAAUGCCCGGCAAGCAUCCCCGUCACCAACCCCACCCCUCCUCCUCACCCGCCCUCCUGCAGCAUCAUCACCAACCCCCCACCUCGACGUCGGUUUCGUCGCAGAGAACGUAUCCGAGGAGAUCUUCCCGCAUUUAUCCGAUCGUUUUUCAUUCCUCCGAGCCUCCUCAUCCUCACAGCCUCUCCCGGACGAGGGAGACAUCAAAAUCGGGUACGUCGUCGUGAGAGAAGAGCAUAUCGAGGAUACGGGAUGCGAAUCACCGACCCUACCACGACCAAACCUCGCCUACGACCUCGAUUCCCCGACGCUACCUCGUCCCGGAGGCGGAAUUGGCGGGUUGAUGGCUAUGCUCACGAAAGAACUUCGCGGUUCGGUUUCUGAAUCGGAAUCGGAAUCGGGCUCGGGCUCGGGCUCGAUAAACGAAGGCGGACGCUCCAGUCCGACGGAAGCUGUCUGGAAUAAGAUUAUUCGUCAACUAUCAUUCGAUGACGAAGGGGUCGUUGCAGUUCCACUCGCACUGUUUUCGAAUCCAUUCAAAUCCGAAGAGGGAAACGCGAAGGGGAUGACGAAGUCCGAUACAGUCGAUUCCGGUAUCGCCAUGCUAGCCGAUGAUGACGCCGAGAUCAGGGAGGAGGAGAUCUCUAGCAUCGGUCACGUCCCUGUCGACACGGUCAAUGUCGACGAACUCAUGGCGGAGUUAGCGGAGAUGAUUGAGGGCCGUGAAGAAUCUUUGUCAGGUUCUGCUUCUUCUUCAAUCUCAGCGGGGACGAUGGGGGUUAUGCCGCUACAACAAGCCGCGAACUACGGGUUACGGUCCGCGUCGGUGUCGACGACGGGGUCUAUCGCACCUUCGAUACCAGUGAGGGGUACGGUUUCGCAGGGGCCUACGUCUACCGCAUCAUCCAUCUCGAGCUUGAGGGGUCCGGACGCGGGUAUGACCCAGAUGAGGCCAUCAACAAGAUCGAGUGCCACGUUAUCGACCAUCUCCUCCACCUCAUCAUCUACCCACGCACCCCGCCCAACAAUCACCAUCUCCGCCCCAAUCCUCGACGACACCCUAACCCUCCUCAAACGCGGCUCAAGCUCCCUCUCCAUGUCGAAAUUCGCCAAAUCAAUCUCCGUCUCCUCCCUCUCCCGUACCGCCACCAAAACAACCAAGAAACUCAUGGGCGGCGUCUCCUCCAGCAAGGGUUCGAAAGUCAAGGGUGGUGUUAGUGUUAGUAUUAGUGCACCAUCUGGAGUCCAGCAUGAGGGCGUGAGUACGGGGAGUGCGUUACCGAUUGGAGCGCAUCUUGCGAAAGCUAUGUUACCCGAGGAGCGGAUCGCACUCGCUAAAGUAAGGGGAUCGUCAGCGUCGCCUGUGGUCGGGGCGGGGGAGUUUGGGGGAGUGGGAGGGGAGGAGGCGUUGUUGCCGGAGGAGAGGAUUGCUAGGGCGAGGGCGAGGGGUGUUGCUGGGAGGUUUUGA